AUGAGGGGACAGAAAGACUACGCCCGCCGCCUAGGACAAGUGAUGAUGUUAGGAAAGUCACCUGUAGACCAGUUCCCUCGGAUUGAGAUAUGCGAGUCGGAUGGCGGACGAGUAGCCACCCCACAUGAUGAUCCUCUGAUAGUCAAAAUUAAAAUCUCCAAUAUGAGAGUCAAGCGUAUCCUGAUAGAUACAGGGAGUUCGUCCGACAUAAUGAGCAUGGAGUGCCUCAGCCGUCUAGCUCACGAUCCAAAGACCAUUGAAAGCAUACACUACCCCAUCAUCGGUUUUGGAGGAAGCAUAAUACAUCCCGUGGGCGUCAUCAACUUGCCGGUUCGGAUUGGGGAUCGAAAAGAUGGACGAAAGAUGGGAGUAAAAUUUUUAAUUGUCAAGGACUUGACAGCAUACAAUGUCAUCUUGGGACGUCCCACCCUGAACAAGAUUAAAGCAGUAGUUGUCACCCACCUCAUGCUCCUGAAGUUUGUGUGUGAUGAUGGGGCAAUAGGAACUAUACAUGGAGACCAACAGCAAGCAAGAGACUGCUACCUCACAACCCUCAAUCCGUCAGCAUGGAUGAAAGAUUUGGCCGAAGCAAGAGGCAAAAGAAAGCAUGAGGAGGAGCUACCUACUGCCAAAGAGAGUAUCCCAGCCAAGAUAGAAAAAAGUGGCUAA